AUGAACUUCCUUCACACUGUUACCCCUCCGACUCUAGGCGCAGGAAACCUCUUGUUCUUCCCAACACCAGUUAAUCCAUUGGAUCCCUCUGCUGCCUCAACUCUUCCUCAGCAGAUGUCCACAGCUGGGUACACAUUUCCAGCAACCGGCUUAAACGCUGCUUCCAACGCUGCUGCCAAGUCUAAUAGUAAUGAGACUCCAGCAACAACAUCGGAGGGGUCUUCUUCCACCGCCACUAUCACCUCUGCCACGGCUACGAUUGCGGCAUCAGCAUCAACGUCUGGGGCGUCUGAAGUGGAUGUUGGGGCUCAGCAUAAUGCUGCCGCGUCAUUACUAGAGUCAAUGCGAAUCAACGGGCUGCUCCAUGGGUCCUCUGCGAAUGCUGAAGGCUGCUUUGCCUCCUCUGUGGAGGGGCCUUCCGGAGAGAUGGUGAAGUCACUCAAGCUGGAAGACGGUGGAGAAGUCGCCCACUUGGAGAGCAGUGGUGGAGAGGAAAGAAAUGAAGGUCAAUCGACUACAGAUGACUUAAAGAAUCAAAUGGCCGGUCUUGGCACUUCUGUCCCCUCUACUGCCACCUCUGCUGUUAGCCCCACUUCCGCCUCGGCUGCCCAGAGCAUAGCUGCGCUGACGUCUACUGGACCCAAACGCCUCCACGUCUCUAAUAUCCCUUUCCGUUUUCGCGAAGCUGAUCUUCGACAACUCCUUGGCCCUUUUGGAACUAUUUUGGACGUAGAGAUCAUAUUCAACGAGCGUGGUUCAAAAGGUUUCGGUUUCGUGACCUUUGCUACACCUGAGGAGGCCGAUAAGGCCCGGGAAAAUCUCAAUGGAACAGUAGUUGAGGGACGGAAAAUUGAGAUAAACAAUGCAACCGCACGUGUUAUGACAAAGAAGAAGUCAGAGGCUCCAACACUAAUGAAAACUGCUACGACACUGAGAGGCAUACGGAAUGCUCUACCGCCGGCAGUGUCGAAUGCCGCUGCGUUGGCAGCAGCUCUGAGGGGCUGUUCCACAUUGGCUGGCUUGGGUACAACUGGGUUGGUAGCCGCCUCAGCCAAUCCUGCGGCAGCGGUAUCACCAGCGGCCAAUCAGGCGUUGCUUGCAGCUGCGGCCGCCUAUAAUCCAACAGCAGCACUCUAUUUAGCCUCAGCUGCUGCGGCAGAUCCAACUACGGCACUGCUAACCCAUUAUGCCGCCGCUCUUAAUGGUGCAGCCGCCGCAGCUGCUGCAACAGGGACCAUUCCUAUGGCAAUGCAGUCACCAGCUGCCGCUGCUGCUCAACCAGCUGCUCAAUUGUUGGCUGCUAACCUUUCCUGGUACGGUGCUUCACCCGAAUUAGAGCUACAGCAGCGCCUUCAACAGCAGCAGGCUCAGGUGCAACAAGUACAAGCUCAAGCAGCCCAACAAUCAGCUGCAGCUCUGGCGGCCGCUAAUUUGGCCGCGGUUGGUCUCGCUGCAGGUGCAGGGGGUGCACAGGGCGGCGCAGCAGCCUCAGGUGUCCCCACAUCUGUAGCAAACCCCUUUGCUGCUGCGAUGCUCCGCGCCUUCAGUGGGGCGACUUCUGCAGUUCCGCAGACCACUUCACAGCCCGCUGUAGUUGGUGCCAACACCGCCGCUUCUGGUGCUACCUCCACCUCACCACCAUCCACUACUGCUGCAUCGAACUCUCCUGCUGCAGCGGCUGCUGCAGCAGCAGCUGCGGCAGCCACCAAUGGGAGCGCGAAUAGCCAGGCCACUAUGGCUGCUCUGGCAGCUGCAGCAAAUCAGCAGUAUCUGCCAGAUUUGAAUGCAGUGGCCGCUGGGGUGGAUCCCUACCUGAAUCGACUUGCUGUGAGCUACGCAGCUCUUGGGAAUGUCGCUAAUGCCAACUCUCCAGGCAUCUAUCGGACAAAUUCAAGUUACCAACGUUUCUCUCCAUAUUGA